CACUUCCUAACAUAUGAUCACAGGUCCAGGUAACGUCUGCAACAUUCUCCUCUUCACCUGCGAGGCUAGUGGAUUACCUUUUUGAAUCAUCAUGCCAGGCAUCCAGAAGAACCCAGCUGAAAACACCGUGUUCUACAGAACCGUGGCCGGUGUGCAGGAAGUGAGAAAGGGAUACCUGAUCAAAUCUCCUCCCACGAACCAAUUCAAGAGUCUGAGAUCCUGGAAGCGACGUUUCUUCGUGCUCUUUCAGACCAGAGAAAAGGAAUACUUUCUGAAAUACUACAAGAGUGCUAAUGACAGGGACAAGGCCCAUGGAAGGGUCAAACUGGACCAGAUCAGUACGAUCUUCCCGAGACCCGAGCACCACAGCAGAUGGAGCUGGAUCCACAAGAACUUCAAGUGUCCCCCUGAGUCUGUACUCUUCAUCCAGGCUGGGGAAAGACCUUACUUCUUCAUUGAUGAGAGCAGUGGAGAUGUAGACGGCUGGUACCGGGACAUAUCCAAGAUUGUAAACCGCUCAGACUCAGAGCUCACCCCAGAGCGACUGCAGAGGCUGCACCGCAGCAUGCCGGAGGAUGGGCUCAUGGGAGGCCAGAGCAGACCCACCAGCAACCGCUAUACGGCCCUUGAGAAACUGCGCCCCAUGUCAGACCCUGCGCCAGCCAUGCAGAACCUGUCCUUUUUCAGCACACAGACCUGCUCCUGUCGGUCUGAGGCUGACGGCAGCAGUGAGAGAGGAACCUGGUCCGAGCAAUGUGACCAUCUGAACAUUUCCCAGGAUUCUCCCUACGAGCUACUGUGCAGCAUCAAAACAGACACAGCACAGGACGGUGAGAAGCCGCGCUCCUCCUCAGAACCUGUACCCUCACCUCUGUCCCGGCCCAGGGUACAGAGCUGCUCCAGUCAGUUGGAGGACAGUGCGAAAGCACGCUCCGUCUCAGAUCCUGUGUCCAAGCAGGACCGGUCCCAUCUCAGGAGAGGAAGCCUUCCCUCUGAGGCUGACAGCAGGAAGGAGAUAAGAAGCUGGUCUGAGCCUUUUGGGCAUCCGAAUAUUUCCCAGGAUUCUCACUAUGAUACACCCAGAAGCAUCCUCAAAGCACAGGAGAGCGUCGAUGAUGAUGAUGAAGAUGAGGAUGAGGCAGAGGAUGAUGGCACCAGUUUCUACAUGCGCAUGGAUACAGUCUUCGAGGUGGUGGCCACGUUGCAGCAGGAGCAGGAAAACUCCCUCCCGUCCUGCACACAUGAAAGCAAUGGUGUGGCAGACUCUGAUGACAGACCUGUGACCUCAGCCGUCAAAAACCAGAAACCUCAAAGGAUGCAGAGCACUGAGAAGCAGGAGAAAGAGAGUGACAGGGUGCAGUCCGGAGACGCUCACGGGGACUCUGUGGAACGGACGGAACCCGCCGGCGCCCACGGGGAGAGCGGACAGGUGUCCCAGGUGGACGUUUUGUUAAAUCGCGUGAAGAGCAGGGCUUUGAUCCACUGGACUCCGGAUGAGCAGAGCCACACAGACAGUGAGCAGCAGAAUAAUGUGAAGGAGAUCUACAUCAACCGGGAUGAUCUGAAGAGUAACCUGACCCUGACCAAGAUCGACGGAAUGCCCUGUGUCAGCCACUGGCCUGCCCUGCCUGGAACACAAAGCCUCUUCCACAAAGGAGAUCAGAUCCUGGCCAUCAACGACCUGCUCACUGAGAGUGUGGACGAAGUGCACUUUUACCUGAACAAGCUGCUGAAGAACGAGGUGAAACUGACCAUUCGCAGGCAGCCAGGCUCAGAGCCCUUCCUCUCAGACCGCAGGGUCAGUGAGUGACCUGCCUGGGGGGGCCGCAGGGGGGGUCAUGCCACUGGGGUAACAGUUUUCUCCUGGCCUCCGUCCCUCCCCAUGUGCUUCCUCCUGACCUUUGACCCUCAGGCCGGCUCCCACUUCAUCCAGCGAAACCAGCAAGUGGGUGUGGCAGGCAGGAAGCCACCUGACACCUGUGCACAGAGCAUAUAGCUGCUGGAAAUUCAGG